AUGAGUGAAGAAGCGCAGCCUUCGAUUCCCCCAACAAUAGACAACCCACUCGCCAACCAAGAACCCGCCCAAUUAGAGGCCGAGGUCGAGGAAUUUCAUAAGCGUGUUAAUCUCAACGGCGUCGUCGAUUUGGAAAUACUUAUCAGGGGCGCAAGGAUAGCACAACAGCGAUGGGGCGAUACUCCGCCCGGGUUCACCCCUGCGGAGUUCGAGGCUAUAAAGAACGAGAAUUCGAAGAGUUAUCUGUCAUUCUUGCAAACUAGGGGUCUUCUUGUGACUGUUAUGGCCACGGCUUGUGCGGCAAUCACACAGGGAUGGCAACAAUCAACAAUCAAUGCCAGCUCUCUUUUUUUAAACUGGGAGGUUGAUUUUGGCCUCGAUAAGAAGCUUGUGAUUGGAGUCAUCAAUGCAGCUCCUUGGCUUUCGGGAAGUUUGAUAGGGACAUGGUUGAGUGAUCCGCUGCAAGAAAGGUUUGGAAGACGCCCAGCGCUCUUCGUUUCUGCUGUUUUCUGUGUCGCUCUUGUGAUAGGAACGGCUCGUUGCACUACUUGGAAGACACUACUCGUCUGCCGAGUACUUCUUGGUGUGGGGAUCGGAUCAAAAGCUUCCAUAGCUCCUAUAUUUGCCGCUGAGGCAGCACCUGGUCGACAUCGAGGUAAAGUCUUGAUGAUGUGGCAACUUUUCGAUGCACUUGGAAUAUUUCUCGGUUUCUUAUGCGCCCUAAUUGUAAUGGACAGUUGGAGAGUACUGCUGGCGACCGCGAUAAUCCCCGCCAUUGUCCUUUUAUUUUUGGUGUUUAUGUGUCCCGAGUCGCCCCGAUUUCUGAUACAAAGGAAUCGAUAUCCCGAGGCAUACAAAAGCCUCCUUGAGCUCCGAGGAACACCCAUUCAAGCUGCCCGGGAUCUUUACUACAUCCAUGCACAGCUUCAGACCGAAGCUGUGACAGUGUGGGACCGUCACGGGGGGGAACUCAUGGUGAUCAACGUUUUAACAUUCUAUUCCUCCUCGAUUUUGCAUCCCGAGCAUGUUGACGCGGGGGAACCGAGUGAAGGCUUGUUUCCCAACGCCACGGCCGUCAAAUGGUACAAUUUCGCCUUUGGCCUAGCCAAUUUUCUGUUUACUUUCCCUGCAUACAUAUACAUUGACUUGCGUGGACGCCGACCUCUGCUACUUGUCUCAUUUAUUGGGAUGUUUUUCAGUCUGGUCGCAGUUAGCGGCUUCUUCGAAAUUGUACACCAUCAGACUCGGUUAAUGCUGGUCUCAGUAUUUACCAGUGUAUUCUUUGUGUUUUUCUACUCAAUUGGUGCUGGACCUAUUCCUUUCACACUGAGUGCUGAGGUGUUUCCUCUAUGCGUGCGCGAGGUGGGAAUGAGCUUUAGUGUCAUGAUCAAUUUCCUUGGUCUUGGGCUCUUAGUACUUUUUGUGCCUGAGUUGACCAACGCAUUUGGGCGCGAGGCACAUCUUCUCUUCUUCUUCUCAAGCAUGAACGUAUUGGCACUCAUCCUGAUUUUCCUGCUGGUCCCCAAAACGAAGGACGUGUCACUAGAAAACAUGAACUCCAUAUUCAACCGCGCAACAAAAGAACAGGUUCUGAUUCAUGCUCCGUUCUUGGAGCCCCUAUACCCGAAGACACCAUGCCAGGAAGACAGGGAAAGUACAACUCUGGGAAAUACAUAUGUAUGA